CCAAAAGAUUCCUUCUCGUCCCCGCUCCCAGUCCCCAUCCCUCCAUCUAGGGAAGGGGAAGGUUGGCGGGUGCGCGGUGUCUCUCUCCUCAUUCCCCCUCGUCAACCCGACGGUCACGCUGCCACGCCAUCGCUUACGGUCACACUGGCAUAGCGACACUGCUCACGCUUCUUCCCCGUGCUUGCAGUUGCUGUGCCUGUGCCUGUGCAGCUGUUCCCACACUACCCCGUCAGUCUCAGUCACCGCAUUACCUCAAGAAGCAGCAAUGGAGUUGCCAAGAUCCAUGGCCGUGCUUGUGCUCGUGUUCUUCGUCCUGUGCGGAGUGGGGGAGGCGGCGACGUUCACGUUCGUGAACCGGUGCACGGACACGGUGUGGCCGGGCGUCCUGUCCAACGCCGGCAGCCCAAGGCUGGAGCCCACAGGGUUCGAGCUCUCGCCGGGGGAGGCGCGCGCGGUGCCGGCGCCGGCGGGCUGGUCGGGCCGCAUGUGGGCGCGCACGGGCUGCUCCCACGACGGCGCCACGGGGCGGCUCGUCUGCGCCACGGGCGACUGCGGCUCCGGCUCCGCCGAGUGCGCGGGCGCGGGCGCCGCGCCGCCGGCCACGCUGGCCGAGUUCACGCUCGACGGCAGCGGCGGGCUGGACUUCUACGACGUCAGCCUCGUGGACGGCUACAACCUCCCCGUGCUGGUGGAGACCUCCGGCGGCGGAGGCUCCACCGGGCCGGCGUCGUGCGCCGCGGCCGGGUGCGCGGCGGACCUCAACGCGAUGUGCCCCGCCGAGCUCCGUGCCGGGGGCGGCGCCGCGUGCCGGAGCGCGUGCGACGCGUUCGCGCGGCCCGAGUACUGCUGCAGCGGCGCCUUCGCGUCCCCGGCGGCGUGCCGGCCGACGGCCUACUCGCAGGUGUUCAAGACCGCGUGCCCGCGCUCCUACAGCUACGCCUUCGACGAUCCCACCUCCACAUUCACCUGCGGCGGCGGCCCAGACUACACUGUCACCUUCUGCCCCGGCGCCACCCCAAGCCAGAAGUCGACGACCAUGCCGGGCUCGACGCCGACGACAGUACCAGGGACAACGACGACGACGACAGUGCCGGGGGCGACGCCCACAACGGUGCCGAUGCCGGGCGCGACCCCGGCGAUGCCGACGGGGACCAUGAUGCCGGGCACGACGUUCACGGACGCCACCCCGGACAGCGCGAUGCCGAUGGGCGGCGGCGGCCUGGGCAUCGAGGGCGGGGACAGCCAAGGCAGCGUGCUCCUGGGCGCCAGCAGCAGCGAAGGCGGCGUCUCUUGGCUCGCCAACAUGGCCACCGGCGACGCGUCCGCCGCGGCCGCCCCGCAGCCGCAGGUGGCUCGGUUAGUGGUGGCGCCACUGGCAACGUUGCUCUGCGGCCUCCAUUUGCGGCAGCUUCUGCUGUAGACCAGUGGAGGAGGAGGAAUCCGGUGGUUUUGGAUCUGCCGUGACUUAUUAUUACUGUACCUUGGUACUACCUUGUAGCAGUGUCUGUAGAUGAUUACUAUCAAUUGGUGAUGUUCAGUUUAGUCCCAGGAUUAGAUACUUGUGUUGUGGCUGCUAGUACUACUAGUUCUAGAUCGAGGAGAAAUUAAUGCAUGCAUGUGAUGUGGCCAUUGAUUUAAGUUUAA